CCCCCUUGCUGUCUGGUCCCGCCUCACUAGCACCAGCCUCGUCCUUGCUACAUUCUAGCAGUGAACCGUUGUUUUUUUUGCAAUUACAUCUGCAGCUACAAGAACGAGCCGACAUCGAUUUUUAAAAUAACCACAUCGAACACACAUCGAGCAAAAAUGACUUCUGUGGCAGACUUUGAGAAGGCGGCCGAGGACGUAAAGAACUUGAAAACCAGACCAUCAGACCAGGAACUGCUGGACCUUUACGGCCUCUACAAGCAGGCAGUCGUUGGAGAUGUCAACACCGAUAGACCAGGAUUGUUUGACAUGAAAGGAAAAGCCAAGUGGGACGCCUGGAAUUCCCGGAAAGGCAUGUCCAAGGACGACGCCAUGGCAGCUUACACGGCACUCGCUAAGGAAGUCAUCAGCAAAUAUGGGAUGCAAUGAAGGAAUGCAACGCAAGCGGAAAUGAUAACGUUCUUGACUGAAGCAAUGAAGGACUGAAACGAGGCUGCCGUCUUAAAAAUAUUAACACACGGACCUCUGCUCUCAGAGGUUGUAAUCACGCUGUUUUUUCUAAAUUGCUCACCUGUGUGUGUGUCUUUUGCAUCUCCGUUUGCAACGUAAUAACAAUGUCCGUGCGCCUUUUUAAUGUUUUCGCUAAUUGCUACUCGGCUUUUUCUUUUGUGUGAACGUUCGAAUGCUAACGUGUGGUGAUUUUCUCGAUAACGGUAAAUAAAACUUGAUUUGUCAUAACAGCAGAAAGAAAUUAUAAUCAAUGUUAAUGUUAACUCUUUGAAAAUAAAACAUCUGCACUACUC